AUGAAGGUUGCCGUCAUCGGCGGCGGCCCAGGUGGCCUCGCCACGCUCAAGUUCCUAUCCACGGCACAUCAGUUCUUUCCCAUAGCAGCCAUUGAGGCUCGUUUGUUCGAGGCAGAGGAUCAGAUCGGUGGCACUUUUGUCCACCGAGUCUAUGAAGAUGCCGAGCUCGUGUCGUCCAAAUAUCUGACGGCCUUCUCCGACUUUCGCCUGCCACAAGACGCUCCUGACUUUGUGACACCGCAGGCGUAUGUCAGGUAUCUCCAUGCAUAUGUCGAGGCGUUCAAGAUUGGCGGCUCCAUCGAGUGCCAGGCCAAAGUCGAGCGUGUGAGUCGAGGCCCGCGAGGCCUCGGCCACGUCCUGCUCAUCAGCAAACCGGACGGCCGUCAAUUCAGCUGGGCAUGCGACGCCGUGGCCGUUUGCUCUGGGCUCCAUGUCGUGCCCAAUAUCCCGGCGAUUCCGGGCAUUGAGAGGGUUCCGACGGUGCUUCAUUCAUCGCAACUCAAGCGCCGGGAGCAGUUCGGCACGGGCACGAACGUCGUCGUGUGCGGUGCGGGAGAAACCGGCAUGGAUCUUGCGCAUCUUGCAGUGACUUCUCCAACGGCGUCCGUCACCCUCUGCCAUCGAGACGGCUUCUUUUGUGCGCCCAAGAUUAUCCCGAGCCCACGAGGCCCCAACCAAAAGGCCCCGACUCGGCCCAACAAGCCCGUCGACACAUCCGUGGCAAGCUUGUUCGACACGGCCUAUGCCCAUCCCGUACUGCAGCAUAGCCAGCUGCUGUGGUUUGCCUAUGACCAAUGGGUCAAGAAGAUGCACUGGCUCAUUUCGGGCACCGAAGAGGGCCCCGACCAGUGGAAGGGACAGGUCGGCGAGGACCGCAAGAAUCUGGCUUCACCCACAGUCUUCCUCUGCAAAUCGGAUCGUGCCUUGCCGUACAUCUCCGAAGGCCACCGCUCCGAAUCGUGGUGGAACCGCCUGCGUAGCGGGAUCCUCAACGUACCCAUCAAGGACACCAAUGGAAGGCGGAUCGACGUGCUCAGAUGGCCGUCCGGAGUCGACCAAGACGGCUUCAUGAGCAUGGCGGAAGACGAAAAUGACGGCUCGGGACCAAUCAGGCGCAUGAAGCCAGACGUUGUGGUCUUGGCCACCGGCUACUCGACCGAUUUUGGCUUCCUGGACGCCGACUACCCUCGUCUGGGUCAUACCGACGUCCGCGGGGUGUACAAGAGCGGAGAGGUGUCGGUGGGCUUCAUCGGCUUUGUGCGCCCGUCCAUCGGCGCGAUUCCCCCGCUUGCGGAGCUGCAGGCGCAGCUCUGGGUCUUCCGUCUCCUCCAGGACCAGUUCCCCAGCCAAGUCCCCCAAGGGCCCGGCCCAGGUGCCCUCGCGCCCUAUGAGAUGGACUAUAAGCUCCAGCCUCUGUGCGGAUACGACUUCUUCACGACCAAGCGGGGGGUCGACCAUGAAGCGUACGCGUACCAGCUCGCCCUCGACAUGGGAUCCGCGCCCACCGCCUCGUACGUGGCGAGCAAGGGCUGGAGGCUCUUCUUCACGUGGGCCAUGGGGUCCAACUUCAACCCCAAGUUCCGGCUCGUGGGCCCGUGGAAGUGGGAGGCUGGCGCCGAGCAAAUCAUGCGGGGAGAGCUGUACGGCGUCGUCAAGCGGUCUGGCGGCUGCAUCUACCUUUUGACCUACACAAUCCUUCCCUUCAUCGUCUUCGGCACGAUGAGCCUGGCACUGUAUGUGUGGUACGGCAUCUUGGGCCUGCUUGCGUCGGCCUUGGAGAUGCCGGUCGCCCAGAAGCGCAAGUCGAGAUUCGAGGAUACCGUCCAGCCGAAUGGCUGGGUGGCAGUGAAGCUCCCAAACGAACUCCUGCGACUCCUCCAGGUGACACCAAACACGACGAUAUCGCUGGGCAAAUAUGGCUCCUUUCCCAGCAACCUCUUGCUCGAGCGGCCCUUUCACCUGACGUACGAGGUCCAGGAGAAGCGCGAGGGGGAAAACUUUUCGCGGCUUCGCGUCGUCUCAGGCACGGAGCUCAACGCCGACCAGCUGGCCGAGACGAGCGUCGACGCGGCCGACGGCGAUGAUGUGAUUGCCCCGGCCGACGGCGAGGAGCUGGCGCUGGUGGACGAGAGCGGCAAGGUGGUGGCGCGCUCCAACCGCGAAAUCAUUGACGACUCGGCGCGGCAGACGCUCACGACGGCCGAGAUCGAGGAGCUCAAGCACAAAGGCGCUUCCGCGGGCAAGGAGCUCAUCGCCAAGCUCAUGCUCUCGCACACGGGCAUCGACCAGAAGACGGCCUUUUCGCUGGCCAAGUACAAGCUGCUCAAGGAGAAAAAGUACCUCCGCCGAUUCACCGUCCUGCCCGUUGACGUGACGCUGCUGGCGCAAUGGAUUCUCGAGGACCGCGACGCCGGACGGAUCCUCGACAUGCGGCAGGAGAUGAUUGGGCUGCUGGGCUGCUGGGCUGACGUGCAUUUUGGAGGCCUGCCCGCUCCAGGCGCUUCAGAGCCGCACGGCGGCAGGUGGCUGGCCGUCGACGACACGGGCGGCCUGCUGGUUGCCGUCAUGGCGGAGCGGAUGGGCAUUCUCUACCGAGAUGCGGAGGAGGAAAAUUACCCAAAACUCGACGGUCUCGAUUCAAGGAAUGGCGAGGGCACGGGCGAGGCUACCGAGGACAAGCAAACAUCGUCCCCCAAGACACAGCGGAACUCUCGCAAGAGACCUCGUAGGGACGACUUUGACGACCACUAUGCCCUCACCAACACCAUCACCGUCAUCCACUCCAACACGCAGCCCAAUCUGUCCCUGCUGCGCUACUUUGACUACGACGCCAGCGACCCGAACCCGCCGUUCCCCUACCACCCGCUCUUCACCAACCUGCUGCCCAUCUCGUGGCUCCAGCUCGUCAGCCCGGCAGAGGACCCCGUCUACGCCGACAAGCCGGCCGACGCGUCUCCCGAGGAGCUGGCGGCGUGGAAGACGAACCGCCGGGGCAACUACCACCGCAAGCGCCGGCGGUGGGCGCGCACCCGCCAGAUCGUCGACAGUACCCGUGCGGGAGGAUUUUCUGGCCUCGCCGUGGCCAGCGCCAUGGACCCCGUCUCGGUCCUCCGCCAUGCCCUCCCUCUCCUCGCGGGCGGCAGCCCCAUCGCCAUCUACUCCCCCAACAUCGAGCCCCUCGCGCAGCUGGCCGACUGCUUCGCCAUUGCUCGCCGCACGGCCUGGGUGUCGUCCCCGCCCCCCGAGGCCGAGGGCAAGACGGUGGCGGAGCUGGACAGGUGGGAGGGUACCCCCGAGUUUCCAAUCAACCCGACGUUAGUUCUAGGCGCAACGAUCCACACAAGCAGGGCCACGAGGUGGCAGGUUUUGCCGGGGAGGACGCACCCGUUCAUGACGGCACGGGGCGGUCCGGAGGGCUACGUGUUUACGGGUUGGAGGGCGAUACCCGCCGAGGGGAGGAUAUCUGCGAGGGGCAGAUUCCAAAAGAGGAGAGCAUGA